AUGGGGGAUUCCAGUCGCUUGGAGGAGCUUUUGAAGAGACCUCUCUAUGUUUAUGACCUUCCGCCUGAGCUUCUUGCGACUCUAAGCGCAAAAACCGCGAACCAGCCUGUCGCCGAACAAGCCCAACAGGUCUCCGAAGCCACCACAAAAAAUCCAGAGAUCGCAGCGCAAGAAUCGGCGAUUGCAACAUCAACACUAUGCUCCCUCUGCAAAGUCACCUAUCUCAAUGUGCAAGAGCAACGUAGCCACGUUCGCUCCGAUCACCACCGCUAUAACAUCAAAGCACAACUCCGCGGCAAUGCGCCCCUCGACGAGAUUCAGUUCGUAAAGGCAGUUGGAGAGCUGGACGAAUCUAUAUCGGGAUCAGAGUCAUCUGAAUCAGAGGAGGACGAGGCGGAUGGAAACGGUGACACCACGCUCACUGCUUUGCUGAAAAAGCAAGCUAAGCUGUCGGAGGCAAAUGAGGAGGUUACAACUGCCGGGACAGGCGGGUCACCCAAGAAUCCGCUCUUUUGGUUCUCGAGUUCGGGCUUGCCGUCGAAUAAGUCAUUGGGAAUUUAUAGGGCGAUGUUCUCAGAUGUCGAGCAGGAUGCACCUGCCCACUUGGUGGACUCGCUACGAAAGAAGCAACUCGUCCCAGUCAAGGCGCGGACCAAUAAUGCGCAAAUUCAGAAGAAUCUCUCUGCUUCUGGUCCCCACAUCUUUAUGUGUAUGAUUGGUGGCGGCCAUUUCGCGGCAAUGGUGGUGUCACUGGCACCAGAGAUUCACCGGAAACAAGGAGGCGUGGAGGAUAGGCAGGCAAGAGUCAUUGCGCACAAGACCUUCCAUCGAUAUACUACGCGACGGAAGCAAGGUGGUUCCCAGUCGGCCAGUGAUGCCACUCGAGGAGCUGCCCAUUCAGCGGGUUCUAGCCUGCGUCGCUACAACGAAGCUGCACUGGAGAAGGACAUUCGGGAGCUUCUUGCGGACUGGCGGCAAAUGAUCGACACCGCAGAGCUUCUGUUCGUUCGUGCCACAGGAAAGACCAACCGGAGGAUUCUAUUCGAGAAGUAUGAUGGACAUGUCUUUAAGCAAAAUGACACUCGACUGCGCGGUUUCCCCUUCAAUACUCGUCGAGCUACCCAAGGAGAACUCAUGCGAUGCUUUAUGGAGUUGACUCGGGUGAAGAUCAGUGAGAUCGAUGAGGCUGCUCUGGCAGCUGCGGCGGAAGCAGCAAAACAAAAAGAAGAGUCUAAGCCCUCCACGCCACGCUCACAACCUCAAAAGCCAAAGUUGACCAAGGAAGAGGAGGCCGCACUACUACACACAUCCCAGAUUCAAGCUCUCAUCCGGCGCUCCAAAGUGCCCGCUCUUAUGUCUUACCUAUCCAACAACUCCGUCCCUUCCUCAUUCACCUUCCAACCUGCCGACUUACCUCAAAACUUUCGCUGUCCCACCCCUCUCCAUCUCGCUGCUAACAACAACGCCCCUGCUGUUGUGAAUGCUCUCCUUACUCGAGCCAACUCUGACCCAACUGUUGUCAAUGGUGAAGGCCGUACUCCGUUCGAGCUUUGCGGAGACCGUUCUACCCGGGAUGCAUUCCGUAUCGCGCGACAUGAACUCGGGGAGUCGAAAUGGGAUUGGACGGUAGCAAAAGUUCCGGCUGCUAUUUCCAAAGCAGAUGCAGACAGCCGAACCGAGAGAGAACGGAAGGAAGCCGUAGAAGAGGAGGCCAAUCGACGCAAGGCCAGUUUGGAGCGUCUGAAGAAGGAAGAUGCUGAGAGGGCUGCACAGCAGAUAUCAAAAGCUGGCGGGCGAACUCUGGGAGCGGUGGAGAAGACGGCAGCUGAAAAGCGUGACGAGGAGACUCGAGGUAUGACACCGGAGAUGAGGAUGAGUUCAUUCCAUCUCACCAAUCCUUAUGUCUCGAACAAGCAUAUACGCAUUUAUACCAUCCUCUUUGACCAAGAUAACUUACAAGAGGUACCGCCACUGGUGUACGCCGAGGAUCUUUCGAUGAACGGGACUUUUUGGAAUGAUUAUCGGAUGGGUAAAGGCAAGGGCAGCUUUCUUCUAAGUGACGGUGAUAUCCUCAGGGUAGCUGGCGAAAUCCAUAUUCGAUUUAAGUCUGCUGAUCCCGAGAACGAGAACAAGUUCACCCAGUUGCAGCAGCUUGAGAUGCGGAGCUUCCAGAAGAGCUAUGUCAUUACGCAGCGUAUGCUUGGCUCAGGUGCUUAUGGGAGAGUCCACAUGGCCUUCAAAGUGAACACUGGACAGCAAUUCGCCUGCAAAAUUAUCGAUCUUCAAGCUGCCAAAGCCGAGUUUCAGGCUCAAGCUAGGGCACGGGAGGGCUUGGGCGAAGAUAUGAAGUCCAAGUUCUUUGCGAAACAUGGGCCUUUGGAGUCUACAUCCAUGACAGGCAAGAGUUCUGUGUUGGAAAGAUUUGUCGUAGGAAAGCUAGCCAUGCAGCAGCGAGAGUCGCUUCUUCUCGCAGAAUUAUCUCAUCCAGCCAAACAUUAUCGCAGCCGAAAAGAUUAUUCGGUCCGGCAAUACAAUGUGAGUCCGAUGCCAGCACUACCUGUGAUCAAGGCUGGUACUGAUCCAGGUAGCUACAUGUUCACCGAACUUGUGACAUGUGGCGACCUUUUCUCUUUCGUUCGAAAUAAAGGACCCCUCGAAGAGACGACUGCUGCGUUGAUCAUACGACAGGUCUUGCUUGCUCUGGAGUACCUGCAUGACCAAAACAUCGUACAUCGAGAUGUCAAGCCUGACAAUAUCCUCAUGGCCUCUCACGAAGUCGGCAGAAGGGUUGUUUUGGCUGACUUUGGAUGUGCUCGGCUGGUGAACCAGUCUAGUCAGCGAAUGUCGAGCGUUGUCGGUACUCCCGACUAUUGCGCACCAGAGUUGAUGCACAACAGCACACAAGGCUACACCAAAGCUGUUGACAUGUGGUCCUUGGGCUGUGUCACCGCGGUUCUAUUGAUGGGUGACACGCCAUUCGAGAAUGAAUUGAGGUCCACCACAAGCGAUCUGGUGAACCUAGAUCUGGACAUGAGAGCACUUGAGAUUAGUCCACAGCCCAGAGACUUUGUUCGCAGAUUGCUUGUUCAGGACGAGACCAAGCGCAUGGAUGUGAAUAAGGCAUUGCGGCAUGACUGGUUUACAAACACCACUCGAGCAGAGUGGUUCAAAGAGAUGUACGAUCGUUCAAUCCAAUGCUGGAAGCCUCGAAGCUCAACAGAGCCGGUGAUAGUCGAACUUGCCAGUUUCAAGAGUGUUCCGGCCAACAAGCAGUUGCCCUCGGCUUCGGCAUCGGUUUUGUCACCCAAGGAAGAUGUACAAUUCGCAGACGUGGACCACAUUUCCGAGAGCUCAUGGGAAAAUAUCCUCCCCGCACGCACCAAACCGUUGAUAUCACCCGCCAUCUCGAAUCCGGCACCGAAGAAGAAAUCUCGCCGUUCGCCUCUCGCCUCGCUGGAUCAAAACAGCGCAAACAAACCGAGGAGUUCCCAACAGGCAAUGUGUCUCACGAGCCCUGACAACGAUGUCAAAUUCAUCAGCCAGGUCAAGCGUGAGCAACUCGAUAGACGCAACGUGGAAAGACAUGUUCUGUACGUGUCAGCCCAUGAGAGUCCGAGUGACCGGAGAGCUGCAGAGAAGAAACAGCCAGCACCCAAGGCCGGUCCCAAAGCCAAGUUCACUGUGAACAAGGAUACGGGAAUGCGAAACUUCUUCAUCACCCCGAGGACAGCUGCAUCUCCCUCCAUGCAUACCUCAGUGCCAGCCGCACUGCAGAGACCCCCGAAUAAGGAGAGUGAUCAGUCCGAUCAAGUAUUCGAAGAAGUGCGCAACCCUAUCACGGGCAAACGCAAGCGGUUUAUCUAUGGCCGGGAUAUGGAUUCGUUGAGUCAGAUGCUCUGA